UCGUAAUUAGUCUUUAUAUGCAAUAAAAAACGUCCUAGACUUUGUACCUUCUCCUUCUUCUAUCAUUCUCUCUCUCUCUCUCUCUCUCUCUCCCUCUCUCUUUAUGUCUGUGUUGUGUUCAUAGUUUCUUCCAAUCCAAACAUGCCUCACGGAACGCUCGAAGUCCUUCUUGUCAGUGCCAAAGGCCUCGACAACAAUGAUUUUCUCGCUGACAUGGAUCCCUAUGUCAUUUUAACUGUAAGGACCCAAGACAAGAAAAGCACUAUCGUCUCAGGGCAAGGAUCUGAACCAGAAUGGAAUGAAACCUUUUCAUUCAACGUCUCCGACGAUGUUGAUGAACUUCGUUUGAAAAUAAUGGACAAAGAUAGCUUCAGUUCAGAUGAUUUUGUUGGGGAAGCAACCGUUCCUUUAGAGGCUGUUUUCAUUGAAGGCAACCUUCCACCAACUCCAUACAAUGUUGUCAAUCAAGAAAAGGAAUAUCACGGAGAGAUUAAAGUUGGCCUCACUUUCACUCCUGAGGGAGGCAGCCAUGGUUCUGGAGACUACGGCGGUGGCUCGGAGAGCUGUGGUGGAAGGAAGGGAUCAUCACAUAAAGGAGAGGAAAGCUAUGGUGGUGGUGGCGGCGCCGCCUAUGGUGGUGGCGGCAGCGGUGGCUAUGGUGGUGGCAGUGGCAGUUAUGGUGGUGGACGUGGGAGCGGCUAUGGUGGUGGCAGUGGCAGUUAUGGUGGUGGACGUGGGAGCGGCUAUGGUGGUGGCAGUGGCAGUUAUGGUGGUGGACGUGGGAGCGGCUAUGGUGGUGGCAGUGGCAGUUAUGGUGGUGGACGUGGGAGCGGCUAUGGUGGUGGCAGUGGCAGUUAUGGUGGUGGACGUGGGAGCGGCUAUGGUGGUGGCAGUGGCAGUUAUGGUGGUGGACGUGGGAGCGGCUAUGGUGGUGGUGGUGGCGAUGGUUAUGGUGGUGGUGGCGGUGACGGCUAUGGUGAUGGUGGCGGCAGCGGCUAUGGUAGUGGACGUGGCAGGGGCUAUGGUGGUGGUGGUGGACGGAAAGAAUCAUCGGAAGCGGAGGAAAGCUAUGGCGGAUGGAAUGAAUCUUCUCACCGAGGAUGA